AUGCCACCAAAAUAUUCCAAAGCUGUUGGCACUGCACACUAUAAACUAGUUAGUGGAAAGUCUAAAUCUUCCGGAAAUCAUGGAACAAAGGUAUCAAAAAAAGUUCUGAAGAAAACAUCGGAAAAAGGAAAAGUCAAAAAGAAGAUUCUUCACACACAUCAACGUCGGCCUGGUGUACUUGAAAAUUUUAUCAUUAUUUGCCUGCAAGGUGUAUUGACUGUUUAUCGUGGACAAGGUAUGCAGAAUGAUGACUUAAAGAAAUUAAUGAAACGUCAAAGUGAUCUUUUAUCAUUUAAUAAUUUUUUAUCAACAAGUACUGGUCGACAAAAAGUCAAUCUAAAAUUAACAGAUGAUAAUGAUGAACAACUACAAAGUCUGACUGAUCAUAUUCAUCAUGAAACACGUGGUUUAACUGGUUGGCACCGAUUAGGUUCAUUAAUGAUUGCUAUGGGCCAAUUUGAUAAAUCUGAAGAAUUUUGUACAUCAGUAUUUGAAAUGACAUCUGAUGAUAAUUGGACAGAACUUGCUUAUCUUCAUCAUCAAUUUGGACGCAUUCAUGAUGAAAAAGGUGAUCUUGAAAAAGCUCUUGAUCAUUAUGAAGAAGCACUUGAUAUUCAAUUAGAUAAUCUUUCUUCAGAUGAUCCAAGUCUUUCAAUGACUUAUACUGGUAUUGGCUCGAUUUUGCUUGCUCAAGAUGAUUUCGAUGAAGCAUUAGGACAUUUUCAACAUGCUCUUGAUGUCGCUCUUCGAAAUCAAAAUUCUGAUUUAUCGGAAAUUGCAACUAUAUAUAGUUACAUGAGUGGAGUAAUUCACGAACAAAAACAAUAUAUUCAAGUACUGAAAAGUUAUCAAGAAGCUCUUACCAUUCGACAAAAACUUCUACCACCUGUUCAUCCACUAUUAGCUACUACUUACAAUAAUAUCAGCUUAUUACACGAAGCAAUGAAUGAUCAUUUGAAAGCAUCCUCCUUUUAUGAAAAAACACUUAAAAUUCAGCAAAAAUCGCUUUCAUUCAAUCAUUCAUCAUUAAUUGUGACUUAUCAUAAUAUGUUUGAAGUACUUGAACGUUUAUAUCGAAUAUCAAACACGUGCUGUUGA